GCCACCGUCCUUGGUGUUGUGAUCCCUACACCUCCUAGUUCCUUGGAGCGUGGUUGGUCUUUAGUUCUUUGGGAAGGCGGCUGCGGAUACUCUGACCAUGUUGUGCCGGGUGAUGAGCAGGAGGACCAGUAAGCUAGUACCGGCUUUGGGAUGUUUGGGUUCCAGGCAAAAGCACAGCCUUCCUGACUUGCCUUAUGAUUAUGGUGCACUGGAGCCUCACAUUAAUGCACAGAUCAUGCAAUUGCACCACAGCAAACAUCAUGCCACUUAUGUGAAUAACUUGAAUGCUACAGAGGAGAAAUAUAAAGAGGCCCUAGCAAAGGGUGAUGUUACUUCUCAGGUAGCUCUCCAGCCUGCAUUACGGUUCAAUGGUGGUGGUCAUAUCAAUCAUACUAUUUUCUGGACAAAUCUUUGCCCAAAUGGAGGAGGAGAACCUAAAGGGGAAUUGAUGAAUGCCAUCAAGCGUGAUUUUGGUUCUUUUGAAAAAUUUAAGGAGAAGUUGACAGCUGUGUCUGUUGGUGUUCAAGGUUCAGGUUGGGGUUGGCUUGGUUUCAACAAGGAGCAGGGACGACUACAGAUUGCAGCUUGUUCCAAUCAGGAUCCUUUGCAAGGAACAACAGGUCUUAUUCCUCUUCUGGGAAUUGAUGUGUGGGAACAUGCUUAUUACCUUCAAUAUAAAAAUGUUAGACCAGAUUAUCUAAAAGCAAUCUGGAAUGUAAUUAAUUGGGAGAAUGUAACUGAGAGAUAUUCAGCUUGUAAAAAGUAAAAUGGUAUACUCACUAUUUCAACAUUUGCUCUUGUUGAAGCUAUUUUUGUAGUAUGUGGCACUGUAAUUUGUUAAUGAGUUGCUGCUCUAUGGAACUCUCAUAUUACCUAUUAAAAUGUGUGCACUUAAGCAAAUUGUUUAAUGCCAUGAAAGAUUUCUUAUUUUCAGAGCUUUUUAGUUUUGUGCAAUAAUAUACAUUGUGACUUUAAGGAUUGAGCGGGGUCUUGUGAAUGUUUCUGGUAGGCUAGGUGCUUAUGAGGAUGAUUGUUUUUUAUGAUUGAAAAAAUCCAACAACACAAAUAAAUACAGUCUGGUUAUUUCCCUUUUUCUGAUAAUUUUCCUAGGGAAGUCUUUAAUCCUCUUAUAUAGUAAUUAUAAUACAGUCAGUUCUUCACUCUGAUUAUUUGACAGUGAGAUCCAUUUAAGGAAGUGAUCUAGAAUGGGAGA